AUGAAGCUACACUUGAUUGCCCUGGUGGUCCAUAUAUUCAGUAUUGGCACUGCGUACACGAAAGUCUCCAUCCAGUCAACCGAGUCAUUAGCAGCAUCCGUCAACACCACUUCCAAUGUCCAGUGCCAGAGCCCCUGUAGAAAGCCUGCAGAUACUCCUUGCCCAGGAAACACCCCCAAGAACAGAUCUGUCUGGUGCGAUUAUAACGUCAACACGGACUAUGAAAAUGUUGUACCUGACACCGGUGUAACGCGGGAGUAUUGGUUUGAUAUCAAACAGGUUGUUCUUGCCCCAGAUGGCGUCCCACGGCCAGUUUGGACAGUGAAUGGCACACUUCCUGGCCCGACUCUCAUUGCAAAUUGGGGUGAUUGGGUCGUCGUCCAUGUCAAAAAUAGUCUAGGUGCACAGAGAAACGGAUCUACCAUUCACUGGCAUGGUAUUCGUCAGAAUUACACGAACCCUAACGACGGCGUUCCCUCCAUCACACAAUGCCCCAUUGCACCCGGGAAGACGAUGACCUAUAAGUGGCGAGCUGUCCAGUAUGGCUCAUCGUGGUAUCACUCACACAUUGGCUUGCUGGCCUGGGAGGGCGUUUAUGGGGGUAUCAUUAUCAACGGGCCAGCAACUGCGAGCUAUGACGUGGAUAUGGGCUCCCUCUUCUUGAGUGAUUGGACUCACCAGACUGUGGAUGAACUUUAUUUGACGGAAGAGGUCAAUGGUCCCACGAGUUUGGCUAAUGGCCUCAUCAAUGGUACCAACGUUUACCAACCAAAUGAAAAUAGUACCAUCGUUUCAGGACAUCGCUUCAAGAUGAAAGUGAACGAGGGCACUUCAUACCGGCUCCGACUAGUAAACCCAGCCGUUGACACGCAUUGGAAGUUCAGCAUUGAUAACCACACGCUGGAGGUGAUUGCAAUGGACUUUGUGCCAAUCGUACCGUACAAAACAGAUGUGAUCAGUAUUGCAAUGGGACAACGCUAUGAUGUAAUUGUCACAGCAAACCAGAACCACGUGGCCGACUCAUUUUGGAUGAGAGCAUUGCCAGGGAGUCUAUGCUCUGCAAACAACCAAAGCGAAAACAUUCGUGGCAUAGUCUACUAUGGUAAAACUGCUAAGAUCCCAACUACAACGGCCUUUCACACCACAUCCGACUGUCUUGAUGAGCCACUAGCUAGCCUUGUCCCAUGGGUGAAGAAAAAUGUCGAGGCCCCGGCAUACGAUAACAGCACAGACGUCAAUGUCUUCAAAAACGCAGAGAACCUGUUCCGCUGGGAGUUCAACACAACAUCCUUGAACGUCAGCUGGACAGACCCAACUCUAUUGAAUAUCUACAACAACAAAAUGGACUUUUCAGACACAAGUGGUAUAGUCGAGCUCCCGGGAAAAAACCAAUGGGUAUAUUUCAUGAUCAACACGACGAUUCCCGUUACGCAUCCAAUUCACCUCCACGGUCAUGAUUUCUCUAUUCUGGCUCAGGGGACCGGUCUGUUUAAUGCUUCCUUGAUCACGACGAACCCCCCUCGUCGUGACACGGCUGUUCUACCCCCUAGCGGAUGGCUGUUGAUUGCGUUUGAAACCAAUAAUCCCGGUGCUUGGCUGAUGCACUGCCAUAUCGGGUGGCAUGUUAACAUGGGACUUGCCUUACAAUUUAUUGAAAAUCGGGAUGAGAUCCGUGACCUGAUCGAUUACAAAUCGCUUGAAAAAAACUGUCUUGCGUGGGAUCGAUAUGAUAAGCGGAAAGAUAUUGUGGAAAUGGAUUCGGGGGUUUAG